AGGAGGAAAUCUGCUUCAUCUAAUUCAAUCCUAAUUCAGUCCUGCUAAUCUGCUAAUACUGUAGAUUGAAAGAUUCUUUUGCUGUUGCCAGGAUACCCUGUAAUGGGCAAGGAGCCUGAGAGAAUACAAAUAGUUCUGGUUUUCUAACUUUUAAAAAACUUUUGUGUUUAACAGGACCUGGGCUCCUGUUGAAAAGUGAUGGAAUAAUCUCUGGCCGGCACGUGACAUGUUGAGGGAGCACCCCCUAAAAGAGCUUGCCUGGGAGACAGUUUGUGAAAUAACGCAGUAACAUGUUUGCAGUAACCAGCAUGUUUUGGAAAUUUGAUCUCCAUUCAUCAUCCCACAUAGAUACACUUCUAGAGAGAGAAGAUGUAACACUGAAGGAAUUGAUGGAUGAAGAAGAUGUUCUGCAAGAGUGCAAGGCUCAGAAUCGCAAGCUUAUAGAGUUUCUGCUGAAGUCAGAAUGUUUGGAAGACUUGGUUUCAUUUAUUAUCGAAGAACCACCUCAAGACAUGGAUGAAAAAAUUCGAUACAAAUACCCAAACAUAUCAUGUGAGCUGCUUACAUCAGAUGUCUCACAGAUCAAUGAUAGGCUGGGAGAAGAAGAAUCCUUACUUAUGAAACUGUACAGCUUCCUCUUAAAUGAAUCUCCUCUAAACCCUUUAUUGGCCAGUUUCUUCAGCAAGGUGCUAAGUAUUCUUAUAAGCAGAAAACCAGAACAGAUUGUAGAUUUUUUAAAGAGGAAACGUGAUUUUGUAGACCUCAUUAUUAAGCACAUAGGGACCUCUGCUAUCAUGGACUUGUUGCUCAGGCUACUGACUUGCAUAGAACCUGCACAGCCCCGGCAAGAAGUGUUAAAUUGGCUAAAUGAGGAGAGAAUUAUCCAGCGGCUUGUGGAAAUUGUACAUCCGUCUCAAGAUGAAGAUAGGCAUUCAAAUGCAUCACAGUCACUCUGUGAAAUUAUUCGUCUAAGCAGAGACCAGAUGUUACAAGUACAGAACAGUUCAGAACCAGAUCCACUGCUUGCAAGUCUAGAGAAGCAAGAAAUCAUAGAGCAGCUGCUAUCUAAUAUUUUUCAUAAAGAAAAAAAUGAAUCUGCAAUAGUCAGUGCAAUCCAAAUACUAUUGACCUUACUUGAGACAAGACGACAGACAUUUGAAGGCCAUAUAGAGAUCUGUCCUCCAGGCAUGAGCAAUUCAACAUAUUCAGUCAACAAAAGUGUUUUAGAAGCCAUAAAAGCACGACUUUCAUCCUUCCAUGAACUCCUACUUGAGCCUCCAAAAAAAAGUGUCAUGAAGACAACCUGGGGUGUAUUGGAUCCACCUGUGGGAAACACGCGUUUAAAUGUGAUUAGAUUAAUAUCUAGCCUUUUACAGACGAAUACAAGCAGUGUGAAUCAGGAGCUUAUAGAGCUUAACACCAUAGGAGUAAUACUGGUAAGAACUUUAUUUUUAUGGAUUGCUAUUAAGAUCUUGUUUGGGUUUUGGUGGGGUUUUUUUCUGUUACUGCAG